UGAGUUCCUCGUGGCCUCACUAGUGACAGACUAUAUGUUGUGCCUCCUGCUGCAUUUGUUGUAAGUGGGUGCUUACUAUCUUCUGUUUUAGUUGAUGAUUUCGAACGUCUUUUGGGGUCUGCUAGCUAGCUAGUUUUCACUAGGCAAUGAGGAAAUAAAGCUUGUUUUGAUAAACAGAUGCCGUAAACAAUUUAAGCAUGGGAAACAAUCUUGAUUCAGCGCCACAAACCGGAGACCACAUAUCAGUCAAUAUCACAAAAAUUGUAUCUGAAAUAAAAAACAAGAUAGAGACCAUUCCCCUAUCUCAUUGCAUCUGUAAAGUCCCCGAGAAACGGCGUGUAGGAAACGAAGAUGCUUACUCUCCUAAACUAGUCUCCAUCGGUCCUUUCCACCACGGAAAGAGCACCUUGGAAGAGAUGGAGCACCACAAAUGGCGCUAUCUCAAUACAAUCCUCACCAGAAAACCGAACCUCGAGGCAACCUUGGACAGUUGCGUGAAAGCGCUUAAGGAGUUGGAGGGCAGAGCUCGAAACAGCUAUGGAGAAGAAAUCCGCAUAGGAAGUGAUGAAUUUGUCAGAAUGAUGUUAGUCGAUGGCUGUUUCAUCAUCGAGCUACUCUUGAGGACUACGACCAAGAGUUCGAGGCGUAGAGAUGACCCAUUACUGAUCUCAAACGAGAAGCUAAACCAUUUGAGGCGCGACAUACUGCUCCUAGAAAACCAGAUUCCUUUCUUUGUUCUGCAGCAUUUGUUUUACACUGUACCCAUCCCCCAGCAAUGCAAACAAACUCUCACCGAGCUCGCGCUGCGUUUCUUCAGAAUUAUGAUUCCAGGGCAAAUAGAAGAUCUUCAGGAGAAGUUCAGCUGGGAAGUCCGCCAUUUGCUCGACUUAGUCCGGACUGGUUAUCUCCCAACAUACUCUAAACUGCAUUCUACAGGCAACGCACAGAAGGAGUUUUCUGGUUUGAAGAAGCUUCAAAGAGACGGAAUCAGGAUCAGGAGGUUUUUCGAUGCUGAAAGCUUGUUGAACAUAAGGUUUGUGAAAGGAUCUCUAUGGAUUCCACCUCUGAGAAUUCUGAAUCACACAGAAAUUCUCAUGAGGAACCUCAUUGCACUGGAGGCGUGCUGCUGUGACUCAAAGCCCAUCACCUCCUAUGCAUUCCUUCUGAAAAGCCUCAUUCAAACCACGGAAGACGCGAAAUUCCUCUGCCGGCGAGGGGUUCUCAGCAGCUCAUUGGACAAGAAGGAAGAGGUUCGUGCAUUGUUUGAUGAACUGUGCAGUGAGGUGGACUUGCAGGAGUCCAGUUACAGUGGGAUUUUCCAGAAAGUGGAUGAGUAUACCCAUAAAAAUCGGCGUCGAUGGCGAAUUCAACCGACAGUUGCAGGAUUUGUUCUGGCAGUACUGUUCAUUGUUCUCACCAUCAUUGGGACUAUAUUUUCUGUGCUCGCAUUUUGUUUCCACCGUUCUUAAAAACAGAGUAAUUUUGAGUCUUAGAUUUGAAUUCUUGUAAAUUUGAAAUACACCCAAUAUAUAAAUAUAUUGUUAAAUUUGUACAAAUUCAAAUUUAAGAUCCCAAACCUUAUUGAAUUGCUUUGCUUGGUGUG